AAUAUUAAGCUGAUCCUUCCUCCUGCUCCUCCUGCAGUCUCUGCAUAGAUGAGCAGUCCCUCAGUGAGCCUGCACUCUGCUCCCAGCUCUCAUUGUCUGCCUCAUCCAACGCCUGCAGCUGAUUUGCAAAGAGAGAGAGAGAGAGAGAAAAGGAGCAGAAUCAAUAAUAUUAAGAAUAGAGGAUCCAGUGAUAAAAGGGAGGCUGCUGCUCCCCUCCAGGACAAUAGAGGAGUGUGUUGUCCUCCUCCACUCGUGCAUGAGCAAAUCAGCCGCCUAUAUCAGAGCUGUGGAGCGGUCCCAGCUAUCAGUGGCUUCAGGGCAGCACUUGCAGAAGAGAGGCAAUGCCUUUACGGAGGAGAACCCUCUUAUCUGACCCCUCCUUCAGGCUCUUCAUUGCUGCACUAUGCUUCCCAUUGAAGGUGUGUAUAGCAUCAGGGUACUUUGAGUUGGAAAUCUUAUCGAUGCAAAAUCCCAAUGGAGAAUUGCAGAAUGGCAAUUGCUGCGAUGGCACCAGGAACGCCGUUGAUCGAAAAUGUACCAGGGAUGAGUGUGAUACUUAUUUUAAAGUUUGCCUAAAGGAGUACCAGUCCAGGGUGUCCGUCGGGGGGCCUUGCAGUUUCGGCUAUGGAUCUACUCCGGUCCUAGGAGGGAAUUCCUUCAACCUUAAAUUCAGCAGGACUAGCGAGAGGAACAGGAUUGUGCUCCCUUUCAGUUUUGCAUGGCCGAGAUCAUACACCUUGGUUGUGGAAGCAUGGGAUCACAAUAAUGAUACCAAUGAGCGUGAUGAUAUCAUCGAUAAGGCCACCUAUUCCGGUAUGAUCAACCCGAGCCGCCAAUGGCAAACCCUCAAGCAAAACGCUGGAAUGGCCCAUUUUGAGUACCAGAUCCGAGUAACUUGUGGUGAACAUUAUUACGGCUUUGGCUGCAAUAAAUUUUGCCGGCCCAGAGAUGAUUUCUUUGGACAUUACAACUGUGAUCAGAACGGCAACAAAACCUGCUCUGAAGGCUGGACUGGACCCGAAUGUAACAAAGCAAUAUGCAGUCAAGGCUGUAGCCCAAAGCAUGGCACUUGCAAGGUUCCCGGAGAAUGCAGAUGCCAAUAUGGAUGGCAAGGACAGUACUGUGACAAGUGCAUUCCUCACCCAGGAUGUGUCCAUGGCACUUGCAUUGAACCAUGGCAGUGUCUGUGUGAAACGAAUUGGGGUGGUCAGCUUUGUAACAAAGAUUUAAACUCCUGUGGGACCUACCAGCCUUGCCUAAACGGAGGUACUUGCAGCAAUACUGGCCCUGACAAGUACGAAUGUUCCUGUCCAGAGGGGUAUUCGGGACGAAAUUGUGAAAUUGCUGAACAUGCUUGCCUCUCCGAUCCCUGCAACAAUGGUGGAAGUUGUAUGGAGACUGUUGGGGGAUUUGAGUGUAACUGCGCCCCAGGGUGGACUGGACCCACGUGCUCCAUCAACAUUGAUGAUUGUGCUCCGAAUCCAUGUGGGCAUGGAGGAACCUGCCAAGAUCUAGUAGAUGGGUUUAAAUGUGUUUGCCCUUCCCAGUGGACUGGAAAAACCUGCCAAAUAGAUGCAAACGAGUGUGAGGUUAAACCCUGCGUGAACGCAAAUUCCUGCAAAAACCUGAUCGGUAGCUACUACUGCGACUGCCUCCCUGGCUGGACGGGUCAGAACUGCGACAUCAACAUCAAUGAUUGCAUUGACCAGUGUCAAAAUGGAGGAACCUGCAGGGACUUGGUUAAUGGAUUUCGCUGUAUCUGUCCGCUGGGCUAUGCAGGGGAUCGCUGUGAGAAAGACAUCAAUGAAUGUGCCAGCAACCCUUGCCUGAAUGGGGGUCACUGCCAGGAUGAAAUCAAUGGAUUUCAAUGUCUGUGUCCUGCUGGUUUCUCUGGAAACCUCUGUCAGUUGGACAUAGAUUACUGCGAGCCCAACCCAUGCCAGAAUGGAGCCCAGUGCUUCAACCUCGCCACAGAUUACUUCUGCAACUGCUCCGAGGACUACGAGGGAAAGAACUGUUCGCAGCUGAAAGAUCACUGCCGUAAUACUCCCUGCGAAGUGAUUGACAGCUGCACGGUGGCAAUGGCGUCCAACAGUACCCCCGAGGGAGUGAGGUACAUUUCCUCUAAUGUCUGCGGACCACACGGCAAAUGCAAAAGCCAGGCUGGUGGCAAAUUCACCUGCGAAUGCAACAAGGGCUUCACUGGCACCUAUUGUCAUGAAAAUAUCAAUGACUGCGAAAGCAACCCUUGUAAAAACAGUGGUACUUGCAUUGACGGGGUGAACUCCUACAAGUGCAUAUGUAGUGAAGGAUGGGAAGGAACAUACUGUGAAAUAAACAUAAAUAACUGCAAUAAAAAUUCUUGCCACAAUGGAGGUACUUGUCGAGACUUGGUUAACGAUUUCUACUGUGAAUGCAAGAAUGGGUGGAAAGGCAAGACGUGCCACUCCCAAGACAGCCAGUGCGACGAGUCCACCUGCAACAAUGGUGGGACGUGCUAUGACGAGGGCGACACCUUCAAAUGCAUGUGCUCACCUGGAUGGGAAGGAACCACUUGUAACAUUGCAAGAAACAGCAGCUGUUUGCCAAAUCCGUGCUUCAAUGGUGGAACUUGCGUAGUCCGUGGGGACUCUUUCACUUGUGUCUGCAAAGAAGGCUGGGAAGGUCCGACGUGCUCUCAAAAUACCAAUGACUGCAACCCACAUCCAUGCUACAACAGCGGAACCUGCGUAGAUGGAGACAACUGGUACCGGUGUGAAUGCGCUCCGGGAUUUGCUGGUCCAGACUGUAGAAUUAAUAUAAAUGAGUGUCAGUCGUCUCCUUGUGCCUUUGGAGCCACGUGCGUAGAUGAGAUCAAUAGCUACCGCUGUAUCUGUCCACCUGGCCGCAGUGGUCCAAAGUGUCAAGAAGUUACGGGAAGACCUUGUAUCAUCGAUGAACAUGUUAUGCCAGAUGGAGCCAAAUGGAACGAAGACUGCAACACAUGUCAGUGUUUGAAUGGAAGGGUGUCCUGCUCCAAGGUUUGGUGUGGCCCUCAGCGCUGUGAUCUGCACGCUAAAGGGCACGGUGAAUGUCCUGCUGGGCAAUCUUGUGUUCUGAUGAAAGACAACCACUGCUUUGUCCCUCCCUGUACCGGAGCCGGGGAAUGCUGGCCCUCCGGUCAGCCGCCAUUGAAGACUAAAUGUAAAGCCAAUGGGAGUUAUCAGGACAACAACUGCGUGAACAUCACUUUUAGCUUCAACAAGGAGCUGAUGACCCCGGGCCUCACUACAGAGAGCAUUUGCAAUGAACUGAGGAAUCUUAACAUCUUGAAGAAUGCUUCAGCAAAAUAUUCAAUCUACAUUACCUGCGAGCCAUCUCCUUUGGCAAACAAUGAGAUCCACGUUGCUAUAUCUGCUGACGAAACAAGAGGCGGAAGGAGCACCAUUCAGGAGAUCACGGAAAAGAUCAUCGACCUUGUAAGCAAAAGGGAUGGAAACAACACCUUCAUCGCAUCAGUGGCAGAAGUCAGAGUGCAAACACAGACCAAAGCCAGGACCGACUUCCUCGUGCCCUUGCUUAGCUCCAUUCUCACGGUGGCCUGGAUUUGUUGCCUGAUCACUGCAUUUUAUUGGUGCAUCUGGAAACGUAGAAAGCCAAGCAGCCAGAGUCACACAGCCUCUGACGACAACACCACUAACAACGUCAGGGAACAACUCAAUCAGAUUAAAAACCCAAUCGAGAAGCUGGCAGCCAACAGUGUACCCAUCAAAGACUACGAAAACAAAAAAAUAAAUGCAAAAAUAAGGACACACAACUCAGAGGUGGAAGAAGAUGACAUGGAUAAACACCAGCAGAAGAGCCGAUAUGUCAAGCAGCCAGCAUACACACUGGUAGAUAGAGAUGAAAAGCCACCUAAUGGCACACCCACAAAACAGCCAAACUGGACAAAUAAACAGGACAACAGAGACUUAGAAACAGCACAAAGUUUAAAUCGGAUGGAGUACAUUGUAUAGCGGACAGGAGCGCUGCCAUGCAGAGCUGGUGUCUGCUGCUGUUAAGGGCUCGGGAGUCUCUAGUUCUUAAACUGUUGUGUAAUAUUUGAGUCUAAGGCUAUUAUUUACUUAGAAUCCCUAUGUUAAUUUAAGUUUUGACAAGCUGGCUUACACUGGCAAAGAUAGUUGCUGUGGUUGGCUGGAAUACCAAGUGCUGCAUUUCACAUCUAUGCAAAACUAGUGAAAAGUGCCCUAAUGUAAAUUCAGCCGCAGCUGAAACAUCCCGGAAGAUCAUGCUUCUUUGCCUUUGCCGUUAGCUAGUUUUUCUUUUUUUAUUUCAUUUUUAAAUUUUUUUUAACCCUCCUUUUCACGUUUUUGACUGGUGUCCGUCGUAAUACAGUCCUUAGAAUAAUACCUUUUUUAUUUUAUUUAUAUUUAUUAUGUAUAAUUUUUUUUUCAUUUUUGUAUAUUUGUUUUUAUAGUUAUGUACAACUAGUUCUGUAUUUGAAAGUGCCUUUGUAGCUCAGAACCACAGCAACUAUCGAAAUUUAAGUUUAUUUAUUUUUUUUAUUGUAUUUUGUGUCGGGA